GAUAAGGGAUGCGAUAGAGAAAAAAGAAAGAGAUCAAUAAGAAUAGAAAUUGAUUGAAAAUGAGAUGAGUAAAAGAUACAUCAAAACUCAUUAGUCAUUUACCAUCCUAGUUUUUUUGGUUAAAAGAUACAUUUACACUCAGUUUCACCAUACACAAGUAGGAAUAGAAGAAAGAAGUCAGCCACAACAAUAAUUCAUUUAUACUCUUAUUUUAUUUCUAACUUAUUUUUUACUCAUUGACGUUAUUUUUCAAUCACAUAUAUACUUUAUUUAUUUAUUUCUUUUUCUUUUUCUCUCUCUCAUUUCUCUACUUCAUUUAAAUUAAGAGAGUGAAUAAAACAUAAUUUGUCAUAAAAAGAGAAAUAUAGACUUAAAAUCAGUGAAAGUAUUUUCCUCUUUUAAAAAAAAACAAAAUCAGUGAAAAUAAAAUGGAAAAUAAAAAGUAUUUUUUUAAGGAAGGAGAUAGAGUAGACCUGAAUGGCUGAAUGCCCGAAUGUAUAAAAAAUAUCACAUGAUGGGCUAGGACUAGUGAAUUUCAAAUUUCAACAACUCUUUGAAUCGGAAGUAUAAUGGUGUAUUUGUUGUAUUUUUGUUCUUCAUAAAGAUAAUUACACUUGGACAAGUAUACUUUAUGGGGUUCGGCUAACAUGGAGCCCGAUUUUCGGGCUCCAAUUUUGGAGCCCUGUGUUUGACCGGUGAUCACAGGUUUUGUUGAGGUAAUGGGUAUCCAAUUUCAACUGUAAUUGGGUCCGGGAUCGAGCAUCGUGGAUCUGCCCCAUCUCGUUGGCCGCCGUUGAAGCUUAACCGCAACGGCCGCUGCUGAAGGUUGACCGCGACGGUGAAGUUGUCUGUGAUGGAGGAAUUUCCGGCAACGGGCAUCGUGGAUCUACCUACUCCAUGCUCACCUCGUGAAUUGCGUGUAAUGGCUGAUGUUAUUGAGAUCUCUAGCGAUUCAUCGGAGGAGGAGUAUGAAGAGUUCCUGCCGGAAUGGGAUGUUGUGCUAACUAAGCACCAGGCAUCAGGGGGACAAACACUGGGUAUCCCGGCACGUAUUGUGAAACGCUUCCUGAGCCACAAGCCAAAAACACUUCAGAUCUGGGUUGACACCGAUGGCGAGCUUGUUAAGGAACCCAUAAGAACUUUUGAAUUGAAGUGGUGGGACAAUAGACCCAGGGAAGGCUCUUUUGCGGGUGGCUGGUAUGAAUUCUGCCACGACAAGAAACUAUGCUGUGGUGAUCGUGUGACUUUCAUGUUGGAUGGUGAUAAUGGUAAUUGCACUAGUGCAACCAUACUCAUAACAAGGAAAAGAAAGAGGGGAGGGAGGGAGGGAGGCCCUAGCCAGUAAAACAC